GCUCGCUCUUCAAAAUAGCUAUUUUAGGUUACAUUUGAGUGAUUAGAGUCAAGUCAAGCGUCUGCUGGCAGAUCCAUGGACCGUGAGACUCUGGAGCAGCAGGAGGGGGACUCAGAGUUGGACCCGAACCCGGUGAAGCGGCUCAGGACGACAGCAGGAGGAGAAGCAACAGAGACCAGAGGAGGAGGAUGGCGGGGCGCAGUGGAUGUGAGUAUUAUCAUGCCGGUGUACAACGCAUCCUGUUGGCUGGACGAGUGCCUGCUGGGCAUAUUACACCAAGACUUCACCGGAUCCAUGGAGCUGUCGGUGUUCGAUGAUGCAAGCACUGACGACUCGAGGAAAGUGCUGGAGGGUUGGAGUGAAAAGUUGCAGGCAAGAGGAUUUGUAGUGGUAAUCUCUGGUCACGAUUCUCCCCAACCAAGAGGAGUGGGAUACGCAAAGAAUAAGGCAAUAACUCAGAGCUGUGGACAGUAUUUGUGCUUUCAGGAUGCGGAUGACAUUAUGUUGCCUCAGAGAGUUCGCCUGCAGUAUGAAGCAUCUCUCCUCCGUCCGAACUUCCUGAUUGGCUGUCGAGUGCAAAGGCUGCCGGAGGGAUCUACAGAGCGUUACACCCGUUGGAUCAACUCACUGACUCAGGAUCAGCUUGUCACACAGGUGUAUACCUCUCACGGGCCCACAGUUGUCAUGCCAACAUGGUUCUGCUCAAGAAGACUGUUCCUAAAGGUCGGGCUGUUUGACGAGGGAGGCAAGGGAGUCCCGGAGGAUCUGCUCUUCUUCUACCAGCUUCUUCGUCAAGGAGGCUCUCUGUUCAGGGUCGACCAGUCCCUGCUGGUAUAUCGUUACCACGAGAAGGCCACCACUCAUUCUGUAACAGAAGAGACUAUUUGGAAGCUGCGAGUCGACUUCCUGCAGGAGAGAGUUCUCAGCCAAUGGGAAAACUUUACCAUAUGGAAUGCUGGGAAACAGGGCCGGAAACUGUACCGAAGCCUCAACCCCAUCAAUCAGAAGAAAGUCAAAGCUUUCUGUGAUGUGGAUGCCAACAAGAUCCAGAAAGGUUUUUAUACAUAUGAGGAAUCCGAGGAAAGACCAAAGCCUAAAGUCCCGAUCUUACACUACAAAGACGCCACGAGCCCCUUCAUUAUCUGUGUCAAACUGGACAUGACAGGAGGUGUUCUGGAGGAAAACCUUAACUCUUUGCAGCUGAAGGAAGGAACAGAUUGCUACCAUUUCAACUGACUGCAGAACGGUGCAGAAAACCACCGGAGCCCGGCAGGCCAUAUUUUAACCGG